CGUCCCACAACCUCGAGCAUACUGCUCUUUUUCGUUCAUACUCUCUUGGGGGUGCGUAGAGCUGCACUGCUCCAGUUGCUAUCUAUACGGCACCAUUCUGCGCUCCACCACCCCCAACGGCAAGUAUGAGACCUACGCGAGUCCUUUGCGUGGCAGAGAAACCCUCCAUUGCAAAAUCAAUCACACAAAUCCUCUCUGGCGGACGUUUCAAUACUCGACAAAGCGGGAACACAUAUAUCAGGAAUUAUGACUUCGACUACCCUCAGGCCAACGCCACUUUCACGGUGACUGCUGUAGCAGGACAUAUGUUGGAGCACGACUUCAGCUUUCAGUACUCCAAAUGGACAUCUUGUGACCCGUUUGAACUCUUCGAGGCACCCAUCAUCGCGGAGGUCAGGAAAGAUGCCGCGACGAUCGCCCGCAACCUCAAGAAUGAAGCUAGAAACGCCCACAAGCUCAUGAUCUGGACAGACUGUGACAGAGAAGGAGAGCACAUCGGGUCGGAAAUAGUUCGAGAGUGCAGAAAGGUGAAACCUAACAUCAUCGUGACGCGAGCUCGCUUCAGCGCCAUCAUACCUCAACAAAUACACAACGCAGCACAGAACCCGGUUGCGCUCGACCUGGCCAUGGUGGAUGCUGUAGAGGCACGAAUUCUGCUUGACCUGAGGAUUGGCGCGGCCAUGUCCCGCUUACAAACUCUAAACCUGCAACGACGGUUCCAAGAUCAUGACAUCUCUGAAGAGGUGAUUUCGUAUGGACCAUGCCAGUUCCCGACUCUAGGAUUUGUAGUGUCUCGGUACAAUCAAGUGAAGGCUUUCAGGCCCGAAACAUUCUGGUACAUCUUCAUGUCCAUCACACGUCCAUCCGCGGAGGGCGAAGACGAAGAGACAGUGUUCACAUGGCGCAGAGGACACCUGUUCGAUUUUGACGUCGCUAUGACGAUUUACGAGUAUGUCCUUGAGUCGCCAAUGGCACGCGUGAUCGAGGUGAAGAGCAAGGACACCAAGAAAUGGAAGCCUUUGCCCUUGACCACCGUGGACUUGCAGAAGGCUGGAUCUCGGUUACUGCGUAUGAGUCCGAAGAAAGUGCUCGACAUUGCAGAGAAACUGUACCAGCAGGGGUUUCUGUCGUAUCCGCGUACCGAAACAGACCGCUUCGACCCGCAGUUUGACUUCAUGACCCUCAUCGAGAAGCAGACCGUGGACCCAGCAUGGGGCGACUUUGCCGCUAGGCAAGAACAUUGUAUACUCCAGAACGGUGGCUUCAAUCGACCAAGACAGGGCAGAAAAGACGACAAGGCGCACCCGCCGAUCCAUCCUACGGCUCACGCUGGGAACCUGGUCGGCGAUGAGAAGAAGGUGUACGAAUACAUCACGCGGCGCUUUCUUGCGUGUUGCUCGAAAGACGCGCUGGGUUGGGAGACUACGGUCGACGUACUCUACGGAGACGAAGAGUUCUACGCCACUGGGUUGAGAGUACGGGAACGGAACUACCUCGACGUCUUCAUCUACGACAAGUGGUCCGACAAGGAACUGCCGCACUUCGAGAGAGACGAAGAGUUCGCGCCAACGGUCUGUCUACUGAAGGAGGGACAGACAACCAAACCACACCUGCUCACUGAAGCAGACCUCGUCACAUUGAUGGACAAAAAUGGCAUUGGCACUGAUGCAACCAUUGCGCAGCAUAUUGAGACAAUCGUCAAGCGCAAAUACGUCCACGAGAAGAUCAGGGAGCAAUCAAGUAUCUCAUCCCUUCUGCGCUGGGCAUCGGGUUGGUCGAGGGCUAUGACUCGAUUGGGUUCGAACGUAGUCUUAGCAGACCACAACUCCGUCGCGAGGUCGACCGAACGUCGCAUGGUCGACAUCUGCGAAGGAGCUAUGACAAAGAACGACAUGCUGGUCCAAAGUAUCGAACAGUACAAGGAGAUGUACAUUCGGACGCGGGCUGAGUUCGAGAGGCUCGUUACAUGUGUGCGUGACCGUCUGCGAGAAGGUGUCAAUCUGACGACGUCGGUGGACCAGAUGACGACAAUGGCGGUGGUAACGGCGGCGGCGGUAGAGGUGGACGUGGAGGCCGGGGAGCGAGAGGCGGGCGCGGUGGCCGGGGCGGCGGCGGAAGAGGUGGUAGAGGAGGUGGUGCGAACCCCGGUGGUAACAGCAGCGGCGAUGACGGCGACGGUGGUGGUGCUGCUCGCGGUGCCGCGAGAGGAAGAGGAUCCAGAGGUGGUAGACGAGCAGCGUCUGCUGUUGCAAGAGCACCUUCCUUUCGAAGGGGACGAGGAGGCCGGGGCGGUGGGGCCGCCGCCGCUCCUGCUCCUGCUCCCGCGGCAAAUGUGGAUGGCUCGGACUCCGACCAACUGGGAUGAUGAUCCCCCUGCUGAGCCACAACCCGUACAGCCUCCCCCAGCUCCAGCGCCAGCGCCGCGACCACCGCCGUCACGCGCCAGCCGCAGUACCACGUCCAAAGCACCGGAUACGUCUUCCCUCGCUGCACCCACGUGCGAAUGCGGAGACGUCACGGUAGAACGAACCGUGAAGGCCGACACCGCAAACAAAGGCCGCCUGUUUUGGGCAUGUCCGAACAACCGCAGAUGCGACUUCUUCGAAUGGGCUGACGGGCCUUCCAACUCGAAUGCAACUGGAUCGCGUUCCACGGGUAUGGCAAAGCCUUCCUCGAUCCCCGCUAAGCGGUCCAUCGGUAACAACAGCGGCGAUCACAAGCGGUGCCUCUGCGAGCUGUCAGCUGUCUUGAAAGAGACGAAGACUGGGAAUAACAAGGGUAGGAUGUACUGGUCGUGUCCGAACGAGUCAGCGAAGGCUCGAUGCAAGUUCUUUGAAUGGGCAACCGACGAGGACAUCGCGGAGGCGGAAGCAGCAAGACCUCGGUACAAGACCUUUGAGAACCGCACCGACAGCAGGAACAGUAACAGUAACUACAACGGCGCGGGGUCCGGCGAGUGCUUCAAGUGCGGACAAGAGGGUCAUUGGGCAAAUGCUUGCCCGAACGGCGACGGCUUCAAAACAUCAUCCCGUACAACAUCGACCACGAGCAAAAGAGGGCGAGGAGGCAGCCUCCGACGAACUGGAUCAGGGCGCAAGGGUGUGAAGCGCGGCAAAAAGAACGACUCGUUCGCUGCAGACGACUGGUGACCAGUGGUUGUCGACGUUGAGAGCAGACCCCUUGAUCCCGCAUGCUGUAUCUGUGUUCCAGGUUUAGUCGUAUUGUAGUAGUCGUGUUGUACCUGCUUUCAGUUGUAUUCCGCUGCUCAGGAAGUAUCUUAU